UUUUUCCAAAACAAAAAGAUACUAACAAUCCUAUUCAAAGUCAAACACACACACUCUCUCUCUAAAUCUAAAUCUUAAUUAUAAGUACACAAACACAACACCUCAUUCGCUCCCAAACACAAUAGUUAUGUGAUGACUACGUACGUAAAGUAACUCAAUCACUCAUCUCAUCACAUUUUCAACCAUUUUCACAAACAAUGACCACCACCACCUUCAUCACAAACAAAGAGACCAAAAACGAUGAAAAAACAAAACCACCACUUAGACCCAAGAAACGAAGAAUAUGUUUCUCAUUCACAACAUAUGCAAACGAUCUCAUACAAAACCUCAAAUCCUCUAACAUUAUUAUCGAACAAGGACUCACCGAAUCAGAAUUUCAACAUCUCGAAUCAAAAUUCAACCUUAAAUUCCCACCUGAUCUUCAUGCUAUUCUCCAACAAGGUCUUCCAGUGUCACCGGGUUUUCCUAAUUGGCGUUCAUCAUCUCAUCAACAGCUUCAAAUUCUUCUCAACAUUCCAGUCUCUUCCAUUCUCCGCCGCGUUAAAAAUAAUAGUUUCUGGCAUCCUUCAUGGGGUCCAAUCCCGAAAGAUAAGCUAACCGCGGCGCAGAGGAUUUUGGACCCUGCACCGCAGUUAGUUCCGAUCUUUCGGCAUUGUUAUAUACCUAUGAAUCCGUUUGUUACUGGGAAUCCGGUAUUUUACGUUGAUCAUAGUGGUGAUGUGAGAUUGGUGGGUUAUGAUAUUGUGGGGUUUUUUAGGGAUGGAGGGUUUUUGGAUGGGGUUGAAGAGGUGGAUGAUCCGGUUUGGGCGGCGAGGGAGGCGAGGAGGAUUGAGGUAUGGACGGAGGUGGCGGAUGGGAGAGGGGAGAGAGGGUGGAAAUGGUGGUGGGAUGAUCGGAGAGGAGUGGUAGGGAGGUGUAUGGAUGGGGUGCUGCGGAGGUUGAGGGAAGGUGGGUGGAAAGAGGAAGAGAUACAAGAGAUGAUGAUGAUGAAUGAAGAUGAAGAAGGAGAAAAGAAGCAUGAGAAGCACGUGAGUGUUUUGGGGUUGGAGUUAUUGCGUGCGGGAUGGAGCAGGGAAGAUAUAGUGUACUCGCUUGGGGUUGAUGUAGGAAAUUCGUGGUUGGAUUUGGAAUUUGAUUGUUGA